AUGGGGACGCAGGCCUCGCCGGACAACUACACGCCGCCCAAGGAUGAGAGGACUGCACGGGAGAAGGCGAUCGAUGACUGGCUUCCUAUCACGUCGUCGAGGAAAGCAAAGUGGUGGUACUCGGCCUUCCACAAUGUCACCGCCAUGGUUGGCGCUGGGGUGCUCAGCCUCCCCUACGCCAUGUCUGAACUCGGUUGGGGUCCUGGCAUCGCGGUGAUGACCUUGUCGUGGAUCAUCACGGUGUACACGCUGUGGCAGAUGGUGGAGAUGCAUGAGAUAGUCCCUGGGAAGCGUUUCGAUCGGUACCAUGAGCUCGGGCAGCACGCCUUCGGUGAUAAGCUCGGCCUCUGGAUCGUGGUGCCACAGCAGCUUGUCGUCGAGGUCAGCUUGAACAUUGUGUACAUGGUUACCGGCGGCAACUCUCUCAAGAAGUUCCACGACGUGAUCUGUGACGGCAAGUGCAAGGACAUAAAGCUCACUUACUUCAUCAUGAUCUUCGCCUCUGUCCACUUCGUCCUCUCCCAGCUCCCAAACUUCAACUCCAUCUCUGGCAUCUCCCUCGCUGCAGCCGUCAUGUCACUCAGCUACUCAACAAUUGCUUGGGGCGCCUCGUUGGACAAGGGGAGGGCGGAGAACGUGGACUACAGCCUGCGGGCAUCGACGACAGCAGGGCAGGUGUUCGGUUUCUUGGGGGGGCUCGGCGACGUGGCCUUCUCCUACUCUGGCCACAAUGUCGUGCUAGAAAUCCAGGCUACCAUCCCAUCGACGCCGGGCAACCCGUCCAAGAAGCCAAUGUGGAAGGGUGUGGUGGUCGCCUACAUCAUCAUCGCCGCCUGCUACAUGCCGGUGGCAUUUAUCGGCUACUGGGCGUUUGGCAACAGUGUCGACGACAACAUCCUCAUCACCCUCAACAAGCCCAAGUGGCUCAUCGCCAUGGCCAACAUGAUGGUCGUCGUUCAUCUCAUCGGUAGCUACCAGAUUUACGCGAUGCCAGUGUUCGACAUGAUGGAGACGUUUCUGGUGAGGAAGCUGGAAUUCGCACCAGGCAUUAUGCUCCGUCUGAUCACCCGGACCAUCUAUGUUGCCUUCACCAUGUUCGUCGGCAUGACCUUCCCGUUCUUCGGUGGCCUCAUCGGGUUCUUCGGCGGGCUGGCCUUCGCGCCGACGACCUAUUUCCUGCCCUGCAUCAUGUGGCUCAUCAUCUGCAAGCCCAGGAGAUUCAGCCUCUCAUGGUUCACCAACUGGAUUUGCAUCGUCCUUGGUGUCAUUCUGAUGAUCAUCGCGCCCAUCGGAGGGCUCAGGCAGAUCAUCAUUUCUGCCAAGACAUACAAGUUCUACUCAUAG